CUGAGAUCUGUCCGUCGGGUUGCUUUAAUUUCUUAGACGCCGGUGUUGUCCUUCGUACGGUCUCCACGUCACUCUGCCGCCACCAUCGGUCCUCGUCGAGUCGUCCUGACUUCAUGAACUUGUUGCGACCGGCCUUACGGCCUUUGCUGGCCACGACUUCCCGGAGACCACUUCAUACUUCCUGUAUAUGUGCUUCUGGACACAACAAAUGGUCAAAGAUCAAGGGAACGAAAGGUGUCAUGGACCGCGAGAGGGGGAAGCUGCAUAGCGGAGUGGCCAGAUUUGUUGCCGUCGCGGUGCGAAAUGGAGGUGGGAGCAUUGACCCCGAGAUAAACAUGACGCUUGCUGCGCUGCUCAAGAGGCUGAAGACGCAAGGGGUGCCGAAGGAGAACAUUGAGAACGCCCUCAAGAGAGCUGCCGGUGGAGGAGAGAGAGGAGACCAGUACUUGGUCUAUGAAGCUAUGGCUCCUGGAUCUGUUGGCAUGAUUAUAGAGUGCCAAUCAGACAACGUGAACCGAACCAUGAAACAGGUACGGCUGCAGCUCAUGGAUAAUGGGGCACGCCUGGCUCCCGUGAAGUUCAUGUUCACUCGUCAAGGUCUCGUCAAGGUGGCACUAACGAAAGACGAGUCAUACGCGCAGAGACUGGAAACUCUUAUCGAGAAGAUGCUUGAUGCAGGUGCCGAAGACUUCACGGAGUCGAUAUCGGAAGAGGGCGACGCGGAGUUCAUCUGCCAGCCUGAAGACCUCAACAAGCUGACAUCGACUGCCACGCAGGCUGGUCUUUGCGAGGAACUUCUAAGUAGUGAUCUCGUCUAUAGUCCGUUAGAGAAGACAACAGACUUGGACGAGGACACUAUUCAGAAAGUUGAGCGUGUCGUUGACGCGAUCGAGGAACAAUGUGACGACGUACUCAAAACAUGGACUACACUUGGCCAUUAGUCUCACUCUAGUUUCUGCGUUAUCGUGCCACAGGGUUCGCUGACCCUGGCAUGGUGUAUUCAAGGCGAUGUCAUCUGAAAAUGCAGCGCUUUGCAGUCCAAUGACCAAGGUACGGAGUCGUACAUCGGAACUUUGGACAUUUCAUUGUGAGGUGUAUGUGAUUCAGGAUAAUACGUACAUCGCUACCUAUACAAAUAGGGCAAACACAGCAGAGACCAUAAA